AUGACAUCUAACAAACGCGACGAUCUUCCUCCUGCCGAAGGAGAAAGUGAGCCCAAACGUAUUCGAGCGGACGAUGAAGAGAAGCAAGAAACCAAGAAGGAAGAAGCUCCACGAAGGCGCCGUGAUUGGCUCUCGUAUUCGGGUCGACGACAACCAAGAGUGGGUGACGAAUUCCAGGCUACGACGUUGCCCAAGGUGGCAGACUCUACUACCAAUGAGGCGCCGGAAGCAGCAAAUAAUAAUGAAGAAGGAGCAACAAUCAGCAAUGAUGGAUCCAAGGAAGAAGAGGACCCCACUUCUUCUACUGCUUAG